CGGGCGGCGGGGCCGGCCCCGCGUUGCCGGGCAGCGCCCCUUCCCUGGCACAUUUGCAAGUGAGAUGCAGAGAAUGCAGAGAGCGCCUGCGGAGCUCGGGUGACUUUUAAUCUUUUAUAGCGGCGCAGGGGUGUGGGUAACCGGGGAAAUGGGUAGCCACAGCCUCUAAAACGCCUGGUCUGACAGCGAUGAACCCUUGACCUUGCAUAGAUGGGCGAAAACCUCCAUGUUUAAGAAAGAAAUGAUUCAAUAUUACUUUUUUCUUAAUCUACUCAUUGACCUGUUCUGUCACUCAGCAAUUACUCUAUUCUAGUUCCCCUCAGAAGUGAGGGAUUUGAUAGCCUUGUUCUCUGAUACAUCUUCUAAAUGUAUAAAGUAAGUAUCAGACAUUCCUCUUCCCUUCUGAAAUCCUCAUGUAUCUCAACUCCGUCACUGCCAAUGAUGAAAGCACAGUGUAUUCUUAAUUUACAUUCAGCUGCUGCUACUUGGAAAGGAAUUGAAAAUACUGCUUUUGUCAGAUAUCCAUCUUUGUGAUAAACCAGUGACAAGUGGAAGAAGCAUUAAAGAUUUCCUUUGCUCUAGGGGACAUUGUGUUCCGCUGCUGUUCUGCUGGGCCCUACUUGCUUGUUUUUUAAGCACAGAAACUUAAAUGCAACUUGUUCAUCUUUAGAAUUUUCCUGACAGUUCAAGAUUUCAAACGCAGGUUGCAUUAAAGUAAAAGUUUGCUGCUGUAAAUAGAGCUUGUUAAUAUGAAACUCACUGGAGUCGUCCGCAUCCAGGAGUGCUAUGGAGCAAUUUUCAACAUGGAAGAGAAAUUGUUACCUGUGUCUGGUAACAGAAGACAGUAUUUCACUGACAGAAAACUUACCCUGAGUGGGGUAGCAACACGCUGGCACCAAACCACUAACUCCAAAGCGAGUGGCGAUGCUGGAGCACUGCAUGAAAAAAGAAUGAGAGCAGUGGUGACUGGAGGUGGAGGCUAUUUUGGCUACAAGCUGGGAUGUGCUCUUGCCAAGGCUGGAGCUUCUGUUGUUCUCUAUGACAUACACAAGCCUAUCUGGGAAGUUCCCAAUGGAGUAGUGUGUAUCCAGGCAGAUGUCAGGGACUAUGAUGCCAUAUUUGCAGCCUGUGAAGGGGCCGACUGUGUGUUUCAUGUAGCUUCAUAUGGAAUGUCAGGAAGAGAGCAGUUGCACAGAGAAGAGAUUGAAACCAUAAACAUUAAUGGAACAAGAUUCGUCAUUGAUGCCUGCAAACAAAGGAACAUUGCUAGAUUGAUAUACACCAGUACAGUAAAUGUGGUGUUUGGAGGGCUUCCUAUUGAAGAUGGUGAUGAGGAAACUGUGCCAUAUUUUCCUAUAGAAAAGCAUGUUGAUCAUUAUUCCAGAACCAAAUCAAUUGCAGAACAAAUGGUACUAGCAGCUAAUGGAACUCCACUAGCAGGAGGUGGGAUACUCUAUACGUGUGUUCUCCGCCCGCCAGGAAUCUAUGGACCAGAAGAGCAAAGGCACUUGCCAAGGCUGGCAAAGAAUAUUGAGAGAGGUCUACUUAGCUUCAAGUUUGGGGAUCCUUAUGCUACAAUGAACUGGGUGCACGCAGAAAAUCUUGUACAAGCUCAAAUUCUAGCUGCUGAUGCUCUCACCCCUAAAAAGAACUACAUCGCUAGUGGCCAGGUGUAUUUCAUUAAUGAUGGUGAAAAAUUCAACCUUUUUGAAUGGUUAACUCCACUUUUUGAAAGAUUAGGUUGCAGUAAACCACGGAUACGUAUUCCUACUUCCUUAGUUUAUGCAUCAGCCAUGAUAAUGGAAUACCUUCAUCUGAUGCUGAAACCAUUUGUUGAACUGUCUCCACUGCUGACCAGAAAUGAGGUACAGAACAUUUCUAUAACCCAUACAUUCCGAAUAGACAAGGCACGGAGUCAGCUAGGAUACAGCCCAGAGAAGUUUACAUUUGCUGAUUCCGUGGACCAUUACAUUAAAACGAGACCAGAAGCCCAGAAUCAUCACAUCUUCCUCAAAGUUCUGCUUACUUUAAUUGUUAGUGUAAGCUUGAUCAUUCUCUCUUUAAAAUGUGAUGGUCUUUCAGUUUUGCAUUUUUUUAAAGAAACACAGCACUGACUUGCAUAAACUGCACGUUCUCACAGUACUGCUACCUGGAUCAUUCUAAUCUCAACAGUUACUGGCUCCAGUGCAAUAGGCAGUUUUUAUUAGACUUAAAAACAAAAUUGUAACAGAUCAUCAGCUGUACUUGUGAAAUUAAAAUUACAGCCAAGUCGCUGAAACACUGGAAUCAAAAUUAUUGCAUGUUUAUUUCACACCAAAAACCAACUUUCUGAAUUGAUUGCUGAAGUAAAUGAGAACCUGCAGAAAGAGCUACAGCCAGCCUGGAGUGCUUCAUCAGUGAAGAAAAAUGGCUAAAAUAAGGAAAAAGAUUGACUACAGCUGCUGCCAUGGCUCACUGCCUUGGGGAACAGAGGAACAAGAAAAGGGAUGGACAGAACAAAUUACUGUAAAUAACACAUACCAGCCGUAGAGAGGGAGUUCACUGUGAAUUCUUUUGUGAAUUACCUGUAUCACUUCAUAUGAGGGAAAAUAAAUAUGUACUUGA